AUGCGUAAACUUCAUUUCUUAACGCUACCGCGUCGCAAUUCCGUAUGUAAUGUUUUCAAAGUUAGUUCCUCGUUGCUAAAUAAUGAGUCGCGAAAAUGCUACACAAGUUCGAUAAGUCUCCGUUCUUUUCUAUAUGAACCCCCCGAAGAAAUUUCAACUGAUCUCCCUUUGGAAUUUGUCACGCCCAAGGAAGUCAUGCCUCUUCUCCACGCGAUUCAAUUAAAUAAGAAGUUAGAUGCCUGGAAUAUUUAUCGAGACCUCAACAACGCGAGAAAACUUCAUCUACUAUCACCUAUUCAACAUUCCAUAGUACUAAAGUUCUACGAUAUUAGAAAAUUGCCAAAAAACCCGUUAAACAUGAAACUUUUUACUUUCAAGCUCCAUUACAUUUUCAGACAUAUGAAACUAGCCGGACACCAGCCAAAUAUAAUAGAUUAUACACACAUGCUAAAUGUUUUCAGCAGGAUAAGAUAUAGCAAGAUCUGUGAAGACCUUUGGGUAGAAUCCUCGAGACGAGGAAUUACACCCACCAUAUAUAUGUAUAAUUCUUACUUGGCCUCCUGUCUGCAUCGAGAGAAACCUCUCUUGAAAAAAGCAAAUUACAUUGUGGAGAAACUUAAGAAAAGCGGGUUGAAAGCUAAUUUGACAACCUAUUCGCUAUUGGUACGUUUGCAUUGCUAUACGCAAAACUUCGAAGCUGCUCAGAAGAUUCUCGACGCUAAAUUUGAUUUACAAAAAAAUUUGGACGCUUCAUCACAUUGGGAAUUGAGGUAUCAUGUAUGGGCCAUCGUUCGAGCACUAAGGUCAAUGAUUAGUGCGUAUGGUUACAAAGGAGACUUGUCAGCGAUGGACAAUUGUUAUAGAAUCCUAAAAUUUUAUGAUAAGCCGGACAUUCAAUUGUUCAACAUUCUCAUUCGCAACUCUUGUAAUCAGUCAAACAUACAAAGAGGGCAACAGUAUUUUAAUGAAAUGGUUUCUUAUAAUAUCAAGCCAGAUAUUCACGUACUCCGUCGUUUAAUAAGAUGUUUGUGCAACAAGGGAAAAACAAGGGCUUCUUGUGAACUUUUGGAAACUACAAAAGAAAAAUACAAUUUAACUCCGUCAGAUUAUAUCCUCGCAACUAUACAUAAGACCAUGGUCAAGAAAAGAAGGAUAAAGGAUGCAAACGAAUUUGCUGACAAGUGGAAAAUUCCAGCCAGUUGGUUGGAGAAAAAUAAAAGUUUGCACAAUAAUCUUAAAGGGUCAAGUGCAAAAAUGGAUAUUCUUUAA